AUGGCACCAGAUCUAGGUCGUGAUGGGGUCGGAGGACAGCGCGGUAGUGUUUCUAAAGAGCAUGUAAACUAUUAUGAUGUCCUUGAAGUAAGUAAAGAUGCUUCACCAGCUGAUAUUAAAAAGGCAUAUCGAAAGUUAGCUCUGCGUUAUCAUCCAGACAAAAACCCUAAUAAUCCGGAAUUUUCCGAAAAGUUCAAAGAGAUCAACCGCGCUCAUUCUGUUUUAAGUGAUCCUAACAAGCGCCGUAUAUACGACCAGUAUGGGACGUUCGGUGUCUAUCUAGCUGAACAGCUAGAUGAAGACACUAUGCGAGCCUACUUUGCUCUUCAAAAUCCCUGUCUUAAAUGCUGCAUCGGUACGCUGUUUAUCCUCACUUGCGGCUGUUGCUGUCUGUGUUGCUGUUUCUGCUGUGAUUGCUGCUGUGGACGGUGUCGGCCAGCCACCGAUCCCGAUGACUAUGCCAACGUAAUCGACGAGGUGACACAGAAGCAGCUGCAUCCUAUUUACCUGGUGUCGACACCGUUUUGAGUUGUAAAUCUGAGGCCGACCAACUGGAUUAGUUCCCCUUUGACAACCGACUAUGUGCAAUCCAACUUACUGGCUUUUGCAAAGUCAACAGACACCGAAGAGAGAGGCGCAACGCGGUUGUUUUCUACGCCUACGAUCCAACCGUCUGCAGUGAUGCAUCGGUUAAAGACAAGUUCUAUCUCAGAUCCCACGAGGUUUAAGAUUUAUCUGGAUUAUUAGAUGUCGUUGUCCUUGCUGAGGACUGCAAUGCGCUUGUUGGUCACCUGCUGUCAUAUGAACACCAUCCUGGUGGCCGCUACACGGGGUUACACUUCUCAGGCUUAGUGGAGCUCACCGCCUCAUUCAAGAACAACUUCAGAGAUACGGGGAGAUGUUCUACCACCUGGUGUGGUCACAUGUCGAUCCCAUCGAAAUCGACCUCAAGCGACAGGGAUAGCAUACAUGAUUGCAUAUCGAUUUCGUACAUCUACCUCGUCUCAGAUAACCCACUGGUCCGCGGGGGCACCUGCAUACGCUCCGGGAUUCCUCGAAACAGUAUUCCCGUAUGGUUUUCAAUUUUCACCAGCUCCUCGCCUCAAGACCUCGUACAUCGUUUAAGUUUCCUACAUAAAGUGCAACUCUUCUUUUCUAGCACUAUGCAGAAUCGCUACUUGCCCUCUGCAGCUGAAGCCGCUCGUUCACUAGAACUGCUUGUUCGUCGCUGAGCUAUUCCAGAUAAAAGAUGGAGGCUAUUCUUCGUUCGUUAGACUUGCUCUCUAAACACCAUUUGGGACACUGAAGAGGUUCCUUCAGACUGGCGACUAUUAACAAUCAUGCCCAUGUUCAGAAAGAGUCAACGGA